AUGUCGACCGGUUCCGUGAAUCCGUCUGGCAAAGGCAAGCGUCUAAUUGUUCUUCAUAUAGGGUCCGAAGAUGGUUUUGUUGACAAUGGAUUAUUGUGUUUUGAAUCCAAGAAGAACUCCCGCGAUUACCACGACGAGAUGAACGGGCAAACAUUUUGCGAGUGGAUGGAAAAUAUUCUACCUCGUCUAAAGGACAACUGCGUUAUUGUUAUGGACAAUGCGUCGUAUCAUUCAGUUAAGUUGGACAAAGCACCGACUGCGUCAACGAAGAAGGCCGAUAUUAUACAGUGGUUGGAGAAUAAAGGGGAAGUGGUGGAUAGGACUAUGAUAAUACGAGAACUUUUAGACAUCGUAAAAAAAAUUAAGCCUCAACAUGAGAAAUUUGUUAUUGAUGAAAUCGCCAAUGCACAAAAUAAAACAAUUUUACGUCUGCCGCCUUAUCAUUGCGAGCUUAAUCCGAUCGAACUUGCUUGGUCAUCGAUCAAGAAUCACGUAAGAAUGAACAACACUACAUUUAAACUACCUGAUGUCAAAAAACUUUUAAUAGAAGGCAUAGAAAGAGUAGAUGCAGAUAUGUGGAAGAACUUUAUAAGACACACGAUACUGGAAGAAAAUAGGUUUUGGGAAAUAGAUGACAUUAUGGACGAGGUGUUUGAAGCGGAGAGACAAAAUUUAACUUUAACUAUUACUGGAGAUACGUCAUCUGAUUCAGAGUCUGAUAUGGAUUGA